UUCGUUGAUUGAUGUUAGUUCUUCUUCUUUAAGUGAUCUGAUAAUUGGCUGAAAAAUAUGCCUUCAGAUUUUUUGUCCAUUUUUGAUGUGUAGUGAUACAAUUCUAAUUACAUCUUUGAUAAGAAGAUAUCUAUGAUGAAUCUACAACACAAUAAUAUUUUUUAUCCAACAAAAGACCUUGCUUCAUACAGGAUUUGGAGUGAGUUUGUAUUUGAAGUUGUAAGAACCUUACAAGUUGAAUCUUUUGGUGGUGAAUCUUCUACUGACAGUAUAAGCAUCGUUCCAAUAAUGGCGGUCCCAAAUGGCUUUGUUAAUAACGGGAGGAUAUUCCAUUCUUUUUCUAGUACAAUGAGAUAUUUCUCCUUUUUCAUACUCUCCAAUAAAAAGAAACAUAUUUUGGUUAAACACAAUAAUGGUUUUGUUGUAAAAUGAUGCAAUAUUUUUUCAUAAAACAAAACCUUCAGAGAAGAAAGUCACCCCAUCGGAGACUUUCCUCCCUUCUGUCUCAGCUUGAAACUUUUUUUUUGACUAGGAAAAUUUUCCAGUCGGCUAAUAUUUCUGCAGAAGUUAAUUAAAACUUAUUAUCCAGAAUUUUGUUGGUGUUUAUUGAAUCCUUUUAUUUUAUCUUUGUAUAUAUAUUUCCAAUUUCAUAUAUCUUGUGAAGAGAAAUAAACUUCACGUGUCUUAUGAAGACAAUACAUAUAGUUGUUAUUUGUUACUUGAUGUAGCUGUAAAAAUCAACUCAAAACAUAUAGUAAUUAAUUAUAAAUAUGAAGGAGAUAUAGUGAAUAUAGAACUCAUAAUAAGAUUAUAAUAAAAAUUAUAAAUAUAAUAGAUGUUAUUCACUAGUAAAAAAACAUUGUAAAAAUAUUAAUAUAUUUCUUAAAUAUAGGCUUUUAUUUUCUUGGAAAUAUAUUAAAAUGUAAUCAGUGAUCAUUAAUACUCCAUAAGUCCUUAUGUAGGCUAUAAAUUGUAACCAAUGGUAAAAAUCAAUAGUCCAUAUGUCUAGUGGUCCGAUUCACCAUACUUCUUUUAUAAGAAGUUAAUCAAAUAAGUUAUGGUAAAUAAUGUCAUAUUCAUUGUACCAUCAUACUCAGAAAUCAUAUAUAACUAAAGAAAAAAUGGCUAUGGUUCGUAAAAAAUUAAAAUUGAAUAUAGUAACCAAAGUAUAAAGAUGAACUCAAACAAAGCAACCUUCUUCUUGGUCUUGUUCAUUGUAGCUGCCGUCUGUAUAACUAUGACAGAAAGCAAGUGUCAAGGAAACAUAGAUUGCAGAGAAGCACCUCAUAAACAACCGUGUCCGGUGCCUCUCGCAUGUCUAUUUGGUAGCUGUAUUUGUCCCUGGAAAAGUCACUACAUUCCACCUUGUCAAAUCAAAUGUGCACAUUCUGGAAAAAAAGUUGUAGAUCAGUAUGAUUCCGAUCAUUGUGUUUGUGGUGACAAAUAAGAUAAAAAUGUGACAACAAUAUAACUUGCAAAUGUUGAAUAAAAAAUAAUAAUUAUUGUUCCAUUUUUUAGAUCACCUGAAA